AUGGUUAUAUGGCAAGCACCAUUGGCUGUUGGAUGUCCCCUUCCAGUCAACCGUGCGGUCGGCGGCUUUACAACACUUGAUGCCACGACGGCGACUUCCCCUACGACACUUGCGUUUGACUCUCAAGGCGAUUUAUGUCGUUUCCGGGCUCGAACAAGCAGUCAGAGCGUAGCAUUUUACGAGCCGCGACGUGAAUUGAACCGGGCCGCCCCGCCGGCCGACAGCCCCCAGGAUGGAGGCGGGACCGCCCCGCAGCUGGAGGUGGUCGAGGGCGCGCAUUUCACCAUCGCCCUGCCUGGCGCGCGCGCACCCGCCCGCACUACAGCCGCCCCCGCCGCCGACAGCCCCCCCAGGAUGGAGGCGGACCUGCCCCGCAUGCUGGAGGUGGUCGAGGGCCGCGCCUUCACCAUCCCCUGCCUGGCGCGCGCGCACCCGCCCCCGCACUACAGCUCGUACUCCCUGAUACUUUCUCCAUCCUCCUCACACUCCCUGACUCACCCUAACACCACUAAGUACUCCCUUAUACUUUCUGCAACACCCCAACGACACUCAUACUCCCUCACCCCCCCCCCGCCCCUCCCCCGCACUCCGACCCAGAGCCCUGCCCCGGAGAGGAGUUUCUUCCACUCCGCGCGAGGCUCUGAUUCUUCUCGAAAGGCCUUUGGAGUUUCCGAUGCCACUGACGGCUUCUGGGAAUCCUCCUUCUCGCUAUCAUCUCCACUCCAGUGUUUUACAUCAUCUAUACUUCAUAUUCAUACUCGCCAGCAGCCUGAGCCAAGCACCAAAGCCCCUCAAUUGGCUGGCCUCGAGCACUCCCAAAUCCCAACACAAGCAUGCACAAGGGCCUCCGCAAGCACACUCCAGGCACACCCCAUCUACGUCCAAGCACACACACGCACUCGGUCUCCUUCUCGUCUGGACAAGUCCGCGCUCUUGGGCUACGGGGAGAGGGCCUUUUUGCCUUCCGUUGAGCCGCUACGCAAAUAUGGCGGCCGUAAAUAUGGUCUGCCUCGCUCGUGCCUUCGCGGGGGCUCGGGGCGGCGGUCGGAGGCGGGCCUCUGGUCCCGCGACGGCGUGGGCGGUGAGCUGGGCAGCGUGGGCGGCAGCGUGGGCGUGAGUGCCGGCCGCGUGUGGGUGCGAGGAGCGGUGGCGGGCGGCGCGCGGGCGGGACCCAACGAUGGCGGCGGAUACACGUGCGUGGCGGCCAACGGAGCUGGCACCGACACCGCCCAUUUCACCCUCGCCGUCGUGCAGGAGAUCCAAGUGUCCGCCCACCCGCCCGCACAGACGGUCUCCGCCGGGAGCCGCGUCAGCGUGCGGUGCCGCGUGCAGGGCUCCCCCGUGGCGGAGGUUCGCUGGUACAAGGACGGCUCUCCGCUGCACACCCACACGCACGCCCACCUCAUGCUGCAGGGGCGCGACACGCUGGUGAUCACGGGCGUGGGCGAGAGGGACGCGGGCAUGUACCAGUGCGUGGCGGCCAACAGCCUCGGCGAAGCUCAGGCGUCCAGUCAGAUCAGCAUCCGAGACUCCGUGCCCAGCCUCCGCCACACGUUCAUCGAGCAGACGCUGCAGCCGGGGCCGCCCGUGUCCCUCAAGUGCACCGCCCUCGGCCACCCGACGCCCGUCAUCACGUGGACGCUGGACGGCCGCCCGCUCACGCCCUCCGGCGGGCACUACGGCGGCCAGCGGGUGAGCGUGGGCGCGUGGGUGGACGUGGGCGGCCAGGUGGUCAGCCAGGUGAACAUCAGCAGCGCCGGGCACAUGGACGGCGGCCUCUACGCCUGCGCCGCCGCCAACGCCGCCGGCAGGGUCGAGCACAGCGCCAGGCUCAACGUCUACGGCCCCCCCAGCAGCCGCACUCCCUCCAACGUGACGGUGGUGGACGGGGCGGAGGCGACGGUGGUGUGCCCCGUGGCCGGAUACCCGAUCAAGUCCGUGACCUGGACGCUGCACGGCCGCCCCUUGAGCCCCAAGCCGCGCCGGUCCCCGAGGGCGGACGGCAGCCUCGUGUUCCAGAGCGUGGAGGCCGAGCAGGACGUCGGCCGCUACACGUGCACGGCCUCCAACGCGCAGGGCAGGACGGCCACCGCCUCCUUCAUCCUCGACGUCCUCAAGCCGCCCGUGCUGGCCGAGCUGAAGUUCCCCGCCGGCCUGGUGGAGGGCAUGCGGUUCUCCCUGUCGUGCUCCCUCCUCAGCGGCGACCUCCCCAUCAGCCUGCGUUGGGAGAAGGACGGGCGGCCGCUCCCCAGGGACCCCGUGCUGACGGAGACGCACUCGCAGUUCUUCACCAACCUCGUGUUCACCGACAUCCGCGGGAGACACGCCGGAGAGUACACCUGCACGGCCUCCAACGCCGCCGCCUCCUCCUCCGUCACCGCCACCAUGCACGUCCGCGUGCCGCCGUCGUGGGUCGUGGAGCCGCAGGACGUCGCGGUCGUGGGCGGCGAAGAGGUGGCGCUGGAGUGCCACGCCCGCGGCACACCCACGCCCACGGUCUCCUGGAAGCGGUCGACGGAUGGCGCUGGCGCAGAGGACUCCGCCUCCGUGGUCGGCGACGGAUGGCGCAUAAGGACGCCCAGGACGGGAUCCCUGAGGAUUAGGGACGCCCGCGCGGAGGACAGCGGGAGGUACAUGUGCCACGCCCAAAAUGGAGUCAACCCGCCCAUCUCCAAAACCAUUUCGCUCACGGUUCUUGAGGGCGCGCGCGUGGAGGAGCGCGUGGUGAACGAGUCAGCGGCCGUGGGCGACGCCCUCAGCCUGCGGUGCCCCGCGCGCGGCGACCUGCCCAUCUCCUUCACGUGGGCGCGCGACGGCAUCACGCUCGCAGGCUCGGGUCCCUCGGGCAUGGAGUUCCGCGUGCAGGACGGCGGCCGGACGUCGGUGCUGCUGAUGAACCCGACGACUCGCUCGCACGCCGCCGUCUACACGUGCCAGGUCGCCAACCGCUACGGCACCGACUCCAGGACCUUCUUCGUCAACGUCGUCGAGAGGCCGGACCCCCCCGCCCACGUGCACGUGAGGGAGGUGACGAGCCGCCAGGUGUCGCUGGCGUGGGCGCCGCCCUUCGACGGAAACUCGCCCCUCACCCACUACCUGCUGCAGCACUGGCCCGCCCGCUCCGUCUCGCCGCCCACGCCCACCAACACCACGCUGCCGCCCGACCUGACGGAGGCCACGCUCAAGGGUCUCUCCCCUGGCCAGGCCUACCACGUGCAGGUGCUGGCCGUGAACGCCCGCGGGUCCUCGCCGCCCUCGCCCACCCUCAGCAUCACCACCCUGCAGGAGCCGCCCACAGCCCCGCCCACGCGCCUCCGAGCCAGCGGGCGCCAGCAGGCCACCAUCAGCCUCUCGUGGCAGGCCCCCGCGGCGCACCUGAGUCCCGGCGAAGUGACGGGCUACCAGGUGGGCUUCCGCGAGGCCGACGGCGGCGAAGCGGCCGAGUACCGGUGGCGCAGCGUGCGGGGGGGGACCAUGGUGGCCGAGAUCAGCAACCUGCGCCACUACACCGCCUACAGCGUCACCGUCAGGGCCAUCAACCAGGUGGGCGCCGGCCCCUCCGCCCACCCCGUCACCGUCACCACCAGCCAGGGAGUGCCGUCCGCCCCCCCGAAGGCCGUGCAGUGCGACCCCCUCUCGUCGCAGGCGCUGAGGGUGCGCUGGAAUCCGCUGCCGCUCAACCUCUCCAACGGCCCCGUGCAAGGCUACAAGGUCUACUACAAGAGGACUACUAAUAUUGAAGGUUCGAACGCCGUGGAGGUGAAGCGAACCACGAACCUGGAGACGAACCUGCAGGGCCUCGGCCGCUUCACCAACUACAGCGUCCGCGUGCUGGCCUUCACCUCGGCCGGCGACGGAGUCAUGUCCGCGCCCUCCUUCUGCACCACGCUGCAGGACGUCCCCGGCGCGCCCUCCGCCAUCCGCGCCCUCCCCGCCGCCCGCGACGAGGUGGUGGUGUCGUGGCUGCCGCCCUCGCGUCCCAACGGCGCCCUCCUGCAGUACACGCUCUACUACAGGCCCCUCAACGCACAUCUGGCCACCCGCGACAUCGCCGUGACCGCCGACGUGGGCGCGGUGCCGUGGGUGGAGCUGAGCUGGAAGGUGGGCGAGCUGGACGCCCACGCCCGCUACGAGUUCUGGGUGACGGCGUCGACGCGGGUGGGCGAGGGCGCGGCGUCCAGGGUGGUGUCCGAAAGCCCGUCGGCGAUCGUCCCCGCCCGCAUCAGGUCCUUCGGGCAGGCGGUGGAGGUGCGCGCGGGCUCGUCCCUGACCCUGCCGUGCGCCCUGGUGGGGUCGCCGCCGCCCUCCGUCAGCUGGUCCCACCAAGGGCGCGACAGCUCCCUGCACGCACAGACCCUACCUGACCACUCCCUGCACGCCUCCGUGGUGACGCCCGACAUCGCCGGAAACUACACGUGCCACGCCCAAAACCCCCACGGGCGUGACGAGGCGACGUGGGUGGUGCAGGUGGUGCAGGCGCCGCCCCCGCCCACGGUGAGGGUGCAGUACGCCACCGAGACGGCCAUCCACCUGUCGUGGGACACUUCGGGCGACGGAGGGAAGCCCAUCACAGGCUACGUGCUCCGCUACAGCCUGGAGACGGACAAGGCGUGGGUGGAGGAGCAGGUGGAGCCCGGGGAGACGAGCCACGCCCUGGAGAACCUGCGCUGCGGCUCCACCUACCGCGUGCAGGUCGCCGCCGUGAACCUGGUGGGGCGCGGAGAGCCCUCGCUCACGGUCAACACCAGGACGCGAGGAGCCGCGCCCCGUCAGCCGCGCCACCAGGACCUGGUGAGCGUGAACUCGUCGGCCGUGACGCUGCACCUGUACACGUGGCCGACGGGGGGCUGCCCGAUCACGUGGUGGCGCGUGGAGUACCGCCCGCACUCCGAGAGCUCCUUCACGCCCGUGGCCACCCACCUGGCGGGCGGCACGGACUCCAUCACCCUGCCCAAGCUGGCGCCCCUCACGUGGUACCAACUGCGCGUUUCGGCGCACAACGCUGCGGGCGCCGCCGCCGCCACCUACGACGUGGCCACCGCGUCGCUCACGGGAGCUACCCUGGCGCCGGAGUCCGUAGUGGAGGUGGUGGAGGGGGGCGGCGCGCCUCUGUUCCUGGACCCGCACGUGUUGGCACCCAUCGUCUCCGGCAUCGCGUGCACUCUGGCGCUCCUGCUGUGCGUCGGUCUGCUCAUCUCCAGGGGACGAGCCCGCUUCCUGAAGAGCGGCGGCGGCGGCGGCGGAGGCGGCGGCAGCGGCGACGAGCGGCGGAGCAGCGGCGGCCCGACGUACUCGCGGUCGCUGGCGGAGAUGCAGAACCACCGCAACGACAGCCAGGAGCAGCUGUCGCCCGCCGCCCGCGCCAAGCAUGAGGAGGCCUACACAGUGGAGGAGCCGUACGAGAUCUGUCCAUACGCCACCUUCAGCCUGCCCCCAACUGGUGGCGGAGGCGUUGGUGGAGGAGCCCUGGACUACACGCUUCAGUUUCAGACGUUUGGCCACCAGGACUGUUAUGAGGGCCAACCCCAGCCCUCGAGGUCCUCCUCCUUCAUGGGUGGGAAACGGCGCGAGGGUGGUGGUGGAGGUGGUGGUGGUGGUGGGGUGGGAGGAACCGGACACGCCCCUGGGCCCUGGCAAGGAAGAGUAACCAGAACACCACCCUCCCUCCCCCUCUUUGCAGAGAUCGCAUGCAUCUCAAGCCAGCAGACGCUGCCCAUAUCUUCCGUGGCUGUCCGCGGGCGCCCCUGUCGUCGAGGCCAGUCAGGUGAGGAAGGGCGUGGCUCUGACAGUGAGCAGGACACGAGUGGCAGUCCCGGGGCUACGCCUGCCCAUGGCGUGAGGGACACCUAUAAGGUCCCUGUGCGGCUCAGGAGAGGUGCAGACUUUAGCUUCCACCCUCCGGACUCCAGCACAGAGAGCAAUGACGAACGGUCCCCCAUCCCUCCCCGCCGGCCACCCCACCUCCAGCAGCAACAGCAGCAGCAGCAACAACCACCACCACAACAACUACAACAACAACAACAACAGCAACAACAACAACAACAACCCGCCAACCCACAACCUCCCCACCAACCGCAUGCCCAUCCUCAGCAUGCACGUAGACACCAUGCCUUCACACCUGCCCAUGCUCAUGUCCUCAGGUCUAACACCCUGGAGAGUGUGUACUCGGUUGAGGGGGCUGUGGGAGGCCCCCUUCGCCCCCCGACUGGAUUCUCUGACUCUCGAGAAUUGUCAGAGGCCGAGUGCGACCGUGACCCUCGGGAGGCUAGUCUUGGGGCAGGACAGAAGGGGAGAGGACAGCAUCCAAGGCGAACAUUUGGGCCACGCACAGCUAACGACUACAGCAUCCACGUAUAAACCCUAAUGUAGGCUGUUUUCAUAUUGUAACACUGUAAAACUGUAAAUAUAAUUUCUGUGGAAUGUGUGAAAUAAACAUAUCAUUUUGCAAAA